CCCCUCCCAGCAGGCCCCCCAGUCUCCCCUCUCCCCAUCUUCUCCCCCCCGGGCCAUGGCGCUGAACAAUUUCCUCUUCGCCCAGUGCAGCUGCUACUUCCUGGCCUUCCUAUUCAGCUUCAUCGUGGUGGUACCCCUGUCGGAGAACGGGACGGACUUCCACGGGCGGUGCCUGCUGUUCACCGAGGGCCUGUGGCUGAGCGCCAACCUGACGGUGCAGGGGCGCCAGCGGUUCACGGUGCAGGAGUGGGGGUCUCCAUCCGCCUGCCGCUUCUGCCUCCUGGCCGGCCUCCUCUCCCUGCUGCUGGCCGCGCUGCAGGCCUGGAGGACCCUCUUUUUCCUCUGCAAAGGCCACGAGGACUCUUUCUUUUAUGCCUUCUUGAACCUCCUAGUCAGCGCCUUCGUCGUGUUCCUCAUCUUCAUCGCCAGCACCAUCGUGAGCGUCGGGUUCAACAUGUGGUGUGAGGCCAUCACUGAGAAGGGGACAUUCCCCCACAGCUGUGAAGAGCUCCAGGACAUAGACUUGGAACUGAACUUAGAAAACUCAGCCUUCUAUGACCAGUUUGCUAUUGCCCAGUUCGGGCUCUGGGCCUCCUGGCUGGCGUGGCUGGGCAUCGCCGUCCUGGCCUUCCUCAAGGUGUACCACAACUACCGGCAGGGAGACCUGCUGGACUCGCUCAUCCACGAGAAGGAGCUGCUGCUGGGCACGGCGUCUUCACGGUCCUCCCCACUGGACCAGAGGAGUGGCAUGAUCUAGCCCCCCGCCUUACCACCCCCUGCUUUGCCUGGCACCCUGCCCCACCUUCCCUGCCCCCCACCCAGGAGCCCCCAGAUGGUGAUGAAGGAAGAUCUGGGUGGUGGGGGGUGGAAUGGUUGGCUCCCUGCGUCCUGGGCAAGGUAGGGCGGGGAGAGGCAACCCACCAGUGGCCCCUAAUCUGCCUCUGGCUAUUCUGAGCAUGAGCCCCCUAAAGUCACCCCUCUACCAUUCCUGUUGGACCUGGCUAACCAACUCCACAGCCCUGCCCCUCUGGGUCCAGCCUGUCUGCCCAGAUAGCUCAAGGGUCUGUGUGAUGCCAUGGUCCCUUCUGGCCCACAGGUCUUGGGUCAGUGGUCACCCAUACCCCCCCGCCACCUCCUUCUAGGAUCAGUUGGGAACAGUGAGCUCUCCCUACCAAUCCCCCUUACACAUCUAGAGUCUACGGUCAAGCAUCCAGGGCAGUGAAUGCAUUGUGUGGAAUCUCAGUCCAGCUCAGUGAGGGGGUCUGGCUACCGGGGGUCGUUGGACUCUGCAACAAUACCAAGCAUUCGCUGCUGUCCUCAAUAGCACGACAUUGUUUAGACUUGGACUCUCAGCAGAGUAUGUCUGCGACCUCUAAGGGGUUGCACUUGAGUCCUAAGAUCCAGACCUGGGUGGUCUUGCCCCUCCCUGGAAGAACCCUUGUAACCAUGGCAACCCUGGCUCUAUCCUCAGGGCCAGGGCCGGAAGAGGAGUGACCGGGCCAGCCCAGGAGAUAACUCAAAGUGGAUUGCAUGGCCUGCUGUGGAAUGGGGGCACCUGUUUAAGGAGCCACUGUCUGGUCAAGGAGCAUGGGUGAGCAAGCCAGGGGGUGGAGAAUGGGAGCCAGAGGGACACAGGGCAGCUGGACAGUGUGGCAGACAAGAAGGCUGCCUCUCUUACUGGAUGGAGAGUCCGGGGAAGGACCCCCUGGGAACUGCCCCACUAAGGGGAGUGGUCUACAGGAGUGGCCAGGGUGUUCCUGGCAUUCCUUUGGGGAAAUCCUAGUGGGCCUUCCUCUUGAAUAGGCUCCCAUGGCCCGUACAGGUUAUUAGUCUGCCCUGAUGGUGCCCGUAUUCCUCUCUCCGGGACAAAGUUGGAGAGGUGGGGAGCAGAUGGGCCUUUCUCUGUCACUGGGGGCACCAUCCACCCACUGGUUGUCCGGGGGGGGGGCGGGGAUCUCAGCUGCCACACUCAGCCCCAGCAGCUCAGUUCCAUCACUUGGAGGCCAGAAGAGAUUCAGGGGAAGUUCUCUGAGCACCUGACAAUCCCUUAGACAGAAGUGCUGAUGGAGUUGGAAUAAUCCAGAGCCAGCUAAUUAACCUUCGGUCCCUGGGAGCAGAGGGGCAAGGUUUAUCCUAGGAAGUCAUGCCAUCUGGCCCACCAGCAAGUCCAAAAAUCACUCAGAAAUCGUAUUUAUUGAGCACUUACUGUGUGUAGAGCACUGUAUUAAGUGCUUAAAUGCCAGUGGGUUAAUGCCAGAGGUGUGUCAGGAGUCAAGGGGUGUGGAAGCCUUACCUGCAGCAGAAAGUAGCCUAAAGCUGGAAAGAGAGUCAGAUCAGUGCCACUGACCUUUCCUGCCAGGCACAAGAUGUCUCACCCCACAGGUGGGUGUGUGCAGGUUAAAGGAAAUAGAAUAAGCAGUGAACUUGGGUGGUGUAGACCAUCGGGCAGUCUCGACCAUCCCUUCCACCUUUCAUUUUGGAACUGAGUUUCUAGUGCUCUAUAAAUACAAAGUGCUCCAGGGUGCCAGACUGCUACUGUGCUGGAGGUGCCGACAGCCUAAAGCUAGUAGUCAUCCCCUGAUCCACUCUCACUGCACUCCCAACCCCACCACCUUCUGUCCACCUCCUAAGAGGGAGAUGGUCUGAAUUGUAUCCUGUUCAGCUUGGAGUCCUCCUUGUAGGUCUGAAGGAUUGAAGAUCUUCUGCAGCUCCCUGACAAUCCCCUUCCGCACCCCUGUUUGGGAAGCCCAUAGUCCCCUAUUGGGAGGGGCCUCAGGGGGUCUUUAUCAUCCCACACCCUACCCUUCCUGUCCAGUCUCCCAUCUCCCAUCAGGCGGAUGGAUGACUAACCCUUCUGGAUCAGACAGUAACUGAUUCUUUGCUUGAAGAUUUCCAGGGACUGAGAUGGUACAGCCCCCCUUGGUGGCCAUUCCCAGUGAGUCAUAGCCCUGAUCAUCAGGACAUUCUUUCUCCAGUCCAACCACAGCUCGUCCUUCUAUAAGCCCAGUCUAGUCUAAUUUCUCCCGGAGGAUCCCCCGUGAACCCAGAGAAAAGCUGGGCAGCUUCCUCCCCUUAGAAAUCCCAAGCUGGUCCCUCUCCGCCUUCCCCCUUCCCCACCUUCCCCCUUCUCAGAGGGAUCCCAUCGUCCAGCCGGUCCCCGGCCAGUCCUCAGAGGAGAGUCAGCAGUCUCUUGGGGUGCAACAGAGAGACCCAGGGCUCAGAUUGUAGGGCGGUGCAUCCCUUCACUUGGGGCUGGGGCCGGAGCCAGUCUGUGACCCGCUGAUGACAGUGACCGUGGGGUUGAGCAAGCCUCCGCGGGGCCCGACCCAAUUACCUUGUAUCUACCCCAGUGCUUAGUACAGUCCCUGGCACAUAGUAAACACUUCGAAAAUAUCACUAUUAUUAUUAUUAUGAUUAUUUUCAUUCUGAAGUAGAAAACUGGAGGAUCUACACAGGCAAAUCAUCCACGCAGCUUGGGGCUCCUGAAAUAAAUUCAGACUGAACCACCUGGACAAUUCAGGCAUGAGGUACUUUGAGGGCCUGAUGUGUUCAGACCAAUGGGGCCCAGAUUGGAUUUGUAGCUUCCAUAGACCACCCCUUGGGUUGGCUUCAACCCCCAACAACCCAAGUUUCAAAUGGAUCUCCCCUCCCCAUGUCUUCCUUUGCAGCUUCCAUCCCUGGCACAUCGCUUCUGGCCUGGGCCCCACCCAAAAGUCCAUGGCUCGACUUUCUUUUCCACCUUCCUUCAUCCCCUCUCUCUCCCUUUCCCUCUCCACCCUCAUUCUCACUCAAGGUAGGCUGGAGGGUCAUUUGGCAAGUCACUUUGGCAAGUCGCUUGCCACCACCCGUCCCGUCCACCAGCAUGGCAACAGGCACAAGGAAGCCGUUAUUUAGUGGAGGAAUCCAGACAUCCAUACUGAGGGCAGGUUUGCAGAAGUUCCCAGAGUCCCUUGGCUUUGCCCCCAGAGAGACAAGGGCCUGGGGCUUCUUUAUGGUAUUUGUUAAGCACUUGCUGUGUGCCAGGCACUCUCCUAAGCUGUGGGGUAGAUCCAAGCUAAU